AUGAUCUCGUGGCUACGGGGUGUUAAAAGAACGCGGGUGGAAACGGAGGCGGAGUCUCAGGCUGACGCCUCACACAGCCAGAGCUCAGCACUCACACCAGCAACCUUCAGUCUUCACAGAAACCAACCUGGAUCUGGACCUGGAUCUGGAUCUGGAUCUGGAUCCAGCUGUGUAUCCUUCAAGAGUGAUGUGUCAAAGGGUCGUAAUCCUGAAUUCAAAGCCGCCAGUUCAGCAGUAGAACAGAACCAUCCCGGAUAUGGACCUAGAUCUGGAUCUGGAUCCAGCUGUGUGUCCUUCAGGAGUGACAGGUCAAAGAAUCAAAAUCCUAACUUCAAGGACAUCAGUUCAGCAGUAGAUCAAGGUCAACAGGUCACACAGAGAGUCCAGUCUGCAGCAUCCAGCUGUGGAUCCAUGAAGAGUGAAUGGUCCAAAGGUGAUCCUCCAUACUUCAGAACUGAACCAGGACCUUCAGACUCACAUGUCCUUGGAGAGAAGAAGAGGAGCGGACCCCAGUCUGCAGAAAGACCCAGAGCUGCAGAUGUUGGUCUGCAGGAGAUAUUUGGAGAACAUCAGAUCAGUCUGAGGAGCAGAAGUGAACAUGUGUCUCAAGGAACUGAAGAAGCAGGAAGAGAAACGCUCCUCAACGAGAAUGUCACCUUCAAAUUUGUCUUUAACUGUAAGUAUCCCAGCUGA